GUUUUUAAUACAUAUCUUAUAGAAUCUAGAUCUAGAUCUAGUGAAUAUUAUUACUAAAUGAUCUAAAAUUCUAAAUCUAGUCUAUGUGAAUGUUAGGAAUAAAAUAAGGUAAUCUCACGAUAUAGCGUCGGAAAUUAUCUGCCUACCAAAUAUAAUGCUCCACAUUACAUUCGAAACAGAGGAAUGCAUGAAGGAAUGAUGCUUGAAGCUGAUCAACUGAGGUUUGAGCAGGUGCUGUUGUAUAAGAUGCUGGUGACUUGUAAACAACAAAAUCAAUCCAUCAGCAGUUGUAUUCAUGGCGUGAGCAAAACAUUGCUGCAAUCUCCUCUUACUCUAGUGGUUGUUGAAAACUGCACAUGUGGCCGCUUCUUUGAACAACACCCAACCACAGUGGAGGACACAGAGGCCAUCCGAUUGGGGCCGUUCCUGCAGACACUACAGAGAGGGACGUGCAAAUGUUGGAGGCCAGGUCAAGCGGCGGGGUGUGUGGCCAGCAAGACCUGGCUCCAUGUGGCGGCCGCCCUCGGCUCUCUAGAGCUGCUGGAGCACCUGGUGACUGAGGUCCAACUCAACAUCAACUCUGUCACCUCUCUCCUCAACUUCACCUCUCUCACUCUGGCUGUCAUGCAGACACGCACUGACUUGGUGGAGUGGCUGUGUAGCCGGCCUGAUGUUGACAAAAAUGUUCUGGUCAAGAGUGAACAGCACACUGCCCUUGUGGAAGCCAUGUUGGCCGACAAGUUCCACAUUGUUGAGCUGCUGAUACAGAGCCCUGGACUUGAUUUAAACACAAAAAACUUCCGGGGUGAGACACCUCUUGUAAUUGCUGUGCGGAUGAAAAAUGCCGAGCUGGUGAAGCAGCUAUUACAGGCAGGGGCAGACCACUCCAUCCCUACCAGAAGAGGGUUGCUGCCCCUGCUUUUAGCUGUGAGCUCUGGUCACAAGGUUGUGAGAGAGUUUGUCCACGCAGGCGUUGAUCUGAACCUCAAGACUCCACAUGGAGAGACAGCUCUAACUUUAGCUCUUCAAGCUUAUGACCUUGACGUUGUCCACACUUUGAUCACUGGAGGAGCAAGUACUGUAGCUGACCCAGCAAGACCAGCUGUGGUUCUAGCUGCCAAGCUGGCUGACCUACAAACAACCUACUAUCUGCUCCAGAUUGGUGAAGAUCCCAACCAGCAGGACUCGGAAGGCUGGACAGCCCUGCACUACGCCAGCUGGCAUGGACGGGACGCUAUGGUAGAGAUGCUGUUAGCUCAUGGCGCUGACCCAAACUGUCUGACCUCAUGUCACGGUACAGCCCUGUCUAUGGCUGUCUUUCACAGCAGGCACAGUCAAGUGGUUGAGCUCCUGCUAGCGUCCUGUGCUGAUCCAAACAUCGCGGACACUGACCUUGACACUGCCCUACAUUUGGCCGCGGCUAAUGGCGACCAGAGAGUGGUGGAGAGUCUUCUGGCUGCAGGCGCUCAGGCCUGUGCCCUCAACCGGGCAGGAGCCACGCCUUUAUUUAAUGCCGUCGUUAGAUCUUCUCUCUCCGUGGUCAGGCUGCUCCUGCCCCACUACACAGACGUCCAGCUGCAGCUGUGCAGCCGUGGCACCGUCUACAGCUGCUACCAGUCCAAGUCUCAAGUCCUGUACCCCACAGCACGCUCUCUGAUGUGGGUGGCUGCUACCAGUGGCAGUGAAGGCAUCGUCCAGCUCCUCUUGUACGCGGGCUACGACUGCAGCCAGCAAGUCUGGCUUGACCAGACGGAUGCCCUGAGUCCAGCAGUCAGGGAUCAACUUGCCCACUGUAUGCCCAGAACUCUACUGGCCCUGGCCAGGUGUGUGGUCAGACGUCUCCUGGGUCCAGGCAACCAAAGACACGUCAACCAGCUGCGCCACAUCCCCAGAGCUGUUCAAAACUAUAUUUCUCUAAGGACCAUAUAGAAGUGUGUCCUCAGGGUCUUAUAGAAUUGUGUCCUCAAGGUCCUAUAGCUGUGUCCUCAAGGUCCUAUAGAUGUUUCCUCAAGGCCCUAUAGAUGUGUCCUCAAGGUCCUAUAGAAAUGUGUCCUCAAGGUCUUUCCUAAAUGAAGUUGACACGACACUACAAACGUUAUCUGGUUUAAUUUACUUGACACCACAUAAAGGACUAAGUGGAAAAAA